UGAAAAUAAAUUAAUUUGAUUUUUACAAAAAGAAGAAAAGAAAGAGCAUAAACCCUAGACGACCAAUCCUUAAGCUGGAUAAUAUGAAGAAAAAGGAAAAGAAGGCAUUUACAUCCACAACAAAACUCCAAUGGAAGCUCUAGGUCACCUAGGCAUUGGCCUCUUCCCGUUUCAGAUUUGCCGACUACCACCGGCAACCAAACUCCGGCGUAGCCUAGCCUCCUCUCCGGUGACCACUGUCUGUUCCGCUAGCCGAUGGGCCGAUCGUCUUCUCUCCGACUUCAAUUUCACCACCGAUUCCUCCUCCUCAGUCGCCACCGCCACCGCUACCGCCACUUUGGUCUCUCCGCCACUAUCCAUUGACCGUCCCGAACGCCACGUUCCGAUUCCCAUCGAUUUCUACCAGGUUUUGGGAGCGGAGACGCAUUUCUUAACUGACGGAAUCAGAAGAGCAUUUGAAGCUAGGGUUUCAAAACCGCCUCAAUUCGGUUUCAGUGACGACGCUUUAAUCAGCAGAAGACAAAUCCUUCAAGCUGCUUGCGAGACGCUCUCGAAUCCUCGGUCCAGAAGAGAGUACAACGAAAGCCUUCUCGAUGACGAGGAAGCUACUGUCAUCACUGAUGUUCCUUGGGAUAAGGUUCCUGGUGCUCUCUGUGUACUUCAAGAAGCUGGUGAGACUGAGGUCGUUCUUCGUGUAGGAGAAGCCUUGCUUAAGGAGAGGUUGCCUAAGUCCUUCAAGCAAGAUGUGGUUUUGGUUAUGGCCCUUGCCUUUGUUGACAUCUCCAGGGAUGCAAUGGCAUUGGAUCCUCCUGAUUUCAUUACUGGAUAUGAGUUCGUUGAGGAAGCUCUGAAGCUUUUGCAGGAGGAAGGAGCCAGCAGCCUUGCACCGGAUUUACGUGCCCAGAUUGAUGAGACUUUGGAGGAGAUCACGCCGCGUUAUGUAUUGGAGAUUCUUGGUUUACCGCUGGGGGAUGAUUACGCGGGGAAGAGACGAGAUGGUUUAAGUGGUGUACGCAAUAUCUUGUGGUCUGUUGGAGGAGGUGGAGCAUCAGCUGUUGUUGGUGGUCUAACUCGUGAGAAAUUUAUGAAUGAGGCGUUUUUACGGAUGACAGCAUCUGAGCAAGUUGAUCUUUUUGUAGCUACCCCGAGUAAUAUUCCAGCAGAGUCAUUUGAAGUUUAUGAAGUUGCGCUGGCGCUUGUGGCUCAAGCUUUUAUAGGUAAGAAGCCCCAUCUCUUACAGGACGCUGAUAAGCAAUUCCAGCAACUUCAGCAGGCUAAGGUAAUGGCUAUGGAGAUCCCUGCGAUGCUGUAUGACUCAAGAAACAAUUGGGAGGUUGACUUUGGUCUCGAGAGGGGACUCUGUGCACUGCUUAUAGGCAAAGUUGACGAAUGCCGUAUGUGGUUGGGGUUAGACAGUGAGGACUCACAAUACAGGAAUCCAGCUAUUGUUGAGUUUGUCUUGGAGAAUUCGAAUCGUGAUGACAAUCACGACCUCCCUGGGCUCUGCAAAUUACUGGAGACCUGGUUGGCAGGAGUUGUCUUUCCUAGAUUCAGAGAUACCAAAGAUAAACAAUUUAAACUCGGGGAUUAUUAUGAUGAUCCCAUGGUUUUGAGUUACCUGGAAAGAGUGGAGGUAGUUCAGGGCUCUCCUUUAGCAGCUGCUGCAGCUAUGGCAAGGAUGGGAGCUGAGCAUGUGAAGGCUAGUGCUAUACAGGCACUGCAGAAAGUUUUUCCUUCUCGCUAUUCAGAUGGAAUCAUCCCCAACGAUACGCAAGAGACGGUGUCUACUGUAGAUCAUGUUGGUAACAGUGUAGGACAUGAUGAUGAGACUGCUGUUUCAAGUGCAGAAACUGAAAGACCAUCAGAAAUCUUUGAUACAAAGUCUAGCGUCGUUGCUAUUACUGUAGAAAAGUCCAAUGCUGAUAAGCUAAAGGAGGCAAGUGUAAAGAUUCUCUCUGCCGGUGUUGUUGUUGGAAUGAUUUCGCUGGUCAGCCUGAGGUAUUUUUCUCUUAAAGGCAGCUCAUCGUUGCAACGCAAGGACAUGACUUCCUCUACGGCAUCUGAAAUUGCUACCAUAGGGUCAGUGAAAUCUGAGGAAUCGAUAGCGCUUCACAGAAUGGAUGCUAGGACUGCAGAGAGUCUAGUGAGCAAGUGGCAGAAGAUCAAGUCUCAGGCCUUUGGGCGUGAUCACUGCAUAGAAAUGUUACCAGAGGUUUUGGAUGGGAGAAUGCUGAAGAUCUGGACAGACAGAGCAUCUGAGACUAAGCAGCUCGGGUUGGUCUAUGAUUAUACACUGUUGAAACUCUCCGUUGACAGCGUGACUGUCUCAGCUGAUGGAACUCGUGCUCUGGUGGAAGCAACUCUGAAGGAGUCUGCUUGUCUAUCUGAUUUGGUUCCAGAAAACAAUGCUACAGAUGUCAGAACCUACACAACAAGAUACGAAGCUUUCUGGUCCAAGUCAGGAGGAUGGAAAAUCACUGAAGGCUCUGUUCUUGCAUCAUAAUAUGGGGUUCAUAUGUAGCAUGUCUGAUCUUGCGAUUUUCUCUAUGUAUAUUCUCCUGCUAAGUUAGUGUUCAAUAAAUGAACUCGGAAAUAUUCAGGUUCUUGUCACUCCCCUAUCCUUGGUCUUAUGUUAUAAUAUAAGUGCUACAAUUCAAGUUU